UUUUUUUUUUGUUAUUUUCUUCUCAUUGACACCAUGUUCAAUGGCAAAUUCCUGACACCUUGUUUCAAAAGUAAACAACCAUGGAAACGGUUACUAUCCACACAACCCAGCGUUGUCUUAGCAAUGUCAGGUGGAGUUGACUCGAGUGUUUCUGCGGCCUUGUUAAAGCAACAAGGCUACAAGGUCCAGGGUGUUUAUAUGCGCAAUUGGGACAGUUUGGACGAAGUGGGACAUUGCACAAGUAAAGCCGAUUGGGAGGACGUUCAAAAAGUAUGUUCUAUUCUGGAUAUAGAAUGCUCUCAGGUGGACUUUGUCAAGGAAUAUUGGAACAAUGUGUUUGAAAAGACACUGACGGAUUAUGCUCAAGGUGUGACACCAAACCCAGAUAUUGGCUGCAACAGCUUUAUCAAGUUUGGAUCAUUGUUAGACAAGAUACCAGAGGGAACAUGGUUUGCCACUGGUCAUUAUUGCAGAACAAACAAUGGUAAAUUGCUGCGCGGAUUAGAGAGAAAUAAGGAUCAAUCGUAUUAUUUAUCCACCGUGCCUGAAGCAGCACUUAGACGAACUUUGUUUCCCUUGGGUGAAAUCGAAUCGAAGGUGAAAGUUAAACAAUUAGCGACAGACUUCGGAUUGCUUGAUAUAGCAAAGAAGAAGGAGUCAAUGGGAAUAUGCUUUGUGGGACAGAAAAGAAAGUUUGCUUCCUUUUUACAGGAAUAUAUUGAUCAACCACCAGGCCCCGUCAUAGAUCUAGAUUCUGGUAAAGUAAUUGGCCAGCAUGAAGGUUUAUAUGGUUACACCAUCGGUCAAGCUUCUAGAAUUUGUCAUGGCUCUCAUAAAUGGUUUGUUGCGGACAAGCUGUUGGACCAGAAUAAAUUAGUAUGUGUUGCUGGAUCAAAUCACCCUGCUUUAUUCUCAGAUACUUUGGUUGCUAAAAACUGGACUUGGAUCCAUCAUCAAAUACCUACUCUGCCUGUGCAAGUGGAUGCACAAGUGAGGUAUCGACAGUCACCUGAAAAGGCGAUUUUGUCACAAACACCCGAUGGCCAAUAUGCCUUACGUUUCACUCAUCCUAUCAGAGCAAUUGCACGUGGCCAGCAAGUCGUUGUUUGGGAUCAAGAUUGGUGUUUAGGCGGUGGUGUCAUUGAUGCUGUACUGUAAAUAAAUAAUAAUAAUAAUAAUAAUAAUAAUAAACAAAUCUUAUUUAUUUAAAAGAAAA